UUAAACGUCUGGCAAGCUUUAUUAACACCGGAGUUCAACUACAGCAUCAGUAGAUUUGGUAACAACAUGUCAAAUAUGGGUGCACGAGUAACACGCAUGUUUAGAAAUUUCAAUCUAGAAAACAGAGCACACCGAGAAAUAUCGAAGGAAAAGCCUCUGGCAGCACCUCGGCAUUCUGUCAACAUUGUUCCUGCUCCAACUACUGAGGUCACAGACAUAAUGGAAGACAUCCAUAAAAGGAAUGAUCCACUUUUAUCGUUGCUGAAGUCUGUGUAUGUGGAAUCAAAAGAUCCAACGACAGAGGAUCCCAAGCAAGUCACUGAGGAGAAAGACAAGGAUCGCAGGAAGUUAAAGUUCAGCCUGCCAGGGUCUCCUUAUGGCAUUGUUGAAAUCACAGACGUUCCCAAAGGCAAACUGUCCAUUGUUGAAGCCCUCACGGUUCUCAAUAAUCACAAACAAGAACCCCAAAGAUGGACUCCGGACAAGAUCGCUCAGGAGUACUGUCUUGAUCCAAAAGACUCACAAGCGCUCUUAGAAUUCUUCAUCCCCUUCGAAGUGAAGAUCAUACCGCCCAAGACUAAGGAUACAAAACAGAUCAAAGAUAAUUAGGACCAACAUUCAUUAUUCCUGGCUUCAAGACCACCCAAGUUGUUUGUCAAGUGUCUUAUGAAUUAUUUAUUUAUGUAUAAAACCAAGGUUGUCUGCCUUGCUUCAAGGUUUAGUGUUUGAAUCAUCGGUGCGCUGUUGUCUUUGUUGCUAAGAUGUAAGAAUAUAUUUUAAAAUGUACAAAUGUUUAUUAUUUACAGACAUUUAUUCCAUACAUCAUGGUAUUACUCAGUGUAUCCUGCAACAUAAUUUAAAGAGCCUUUGCAUAUUUAACCUACAAAGUUAGGAUGAUCCUUGCUGUAAAUUAACAUUGAAAAAAUUAAACUAAGUUUUGUUCUGUUUCAUGUUCACAAUUUUUAUAUCAGUGUUCUGUCACAAAAUGUCUCAAUGAGAAAUGGUUUGGUCACCGAAAAUGUUAC